CAUUCUUUUAUUGCUCAAUCUGUCAUCCAAAUACACUGGAACCCGUCCCAAAUAAUCCACCAUCUUUUGGGUAUCUGAAGAUUGUCUCUCGUUCAACAAACUCGAUAAUAAACUUGUCAAGUUUAUGCUACACGCACACGCAUACGCACACGCACACACACACACAUACACAUUCACAUUCACCUACUGGCGUCUUACACUCGCUUGUUUUUACCUACUCACCUCAUUUAUUAUUCAAACCCAAUUUUCAAUUCUUCUUCUUUCGCUAGUUAACUUAAAACCCCCCUAUGUCUUGUAUUCUUGUAUCUCAUCACUAUCGCAUCGUCUUGUACCCAUACCCCCUUUAAACCUACCUAAUCAACCUAAUCAGCGACUACUUACUACUUUUUAUUAUCGAUGCUAUUUUGACGCAGAAUCCAGAACGCGUAAUUGAAACCAACCUUGAAACCAACCAAACCAACCAUAUCAUACCAUACCGCACUGUAAUCAUAUCAUUAGCCUCACGCCCUUUCGUCGCAUUCAACUUACCUUACCUUACCUAACCAAGACAUAUUAGAGAGAUAUGCUUCGAUAUUGACGCUCCACAACUUUCACCAGCGCGACAAAAAUAUCGCAUCCAUUUGCGCAUAUACGAACAUCUUGUCUUGAGCUUGCCUUCUUAAUUCCCUUAGCUUCAUCGUUAUGGGGAAGAGAUGGCGAUGGGGUGUUAUUCUGGACGCCGGUUCCUCCGGGACACGUUUACAUAUAUAUCGAUGGCUAGAUCCUACAAAAGCGCUCAAGGAAGCCUCUAUUCAAGAAUUACAUAGCUUGCCUAAUAUCGUUACUAAAGACAAGUGGACAAAAAAGAUAAGACCGGGAAUUUCAACCUUUGGUGACCAUCCAGAAGACGUCGGACCCGAACAUCUCCAAGAACUAGUUGAACGAGCACUGGAUGUUAUCCCCGACGAUAAACAUGCUGAUACACCGAUAUUCCUCAUGGCCACCGCUGGCAUGCGUUUAUUACCUCCUACCCAACAGAGAGCUGUCGUAACGGAGACAUGUUCCUACUUCCGCGCCAACACCCGAUUCUUGCUUCCUGAUUGCGAUACCCAUAUUCAAGUUAUCCCAGGCGAGACCGAAGGUUUAUACGGUUGGAUAGCGGCCAAUUAUCUAUUGGGAGGCUUCGAUGAUCCUGAAGGGCAUGCUCAUGGGAAGAAUCACCACACCUACGGCUUUCUAGACAUGGGCGGUGCUUCGGCCCAGAUUGCUUUCGCUCCAAAUAGUACUGUAGCCGAAGAACACGGGAACGAUCUCAAGUUAUUACGGCUACGGAGUUUAAAUGGCGAUCCUAAGGAAUAUAAGGUGUUUACAUCGACUUGGCUUGGGUUUGGUGUCAAUCAGGCCCGCGAGCGCUACGUUAACGCUUUGGUCGACGAAUUCUUGAUCGAUGGAGAGCAUGAAGUACCCGACCCUUGUCUGCCUAGAGGAUUGCGAACCAAUGAAAAGGGCGAGAUCAUUAAGGGGAACUCAAAAGAGCUGGAGCUAGUUGGCACAGGCGAAUUCGACGAGUGUUUACGGAGGACGAAACCGUUGCUAGGAAAGGACAUGCCAUGCGAAGACAAGCCUUGCUUAUUCAACGGCCAGCACGUCCCGCCCAUCGAUUUCGAUGUAAAUCACUUCGUUGGGGUUUCUGAAUAUUGGCAUACUACGCACGGCGUGUUCGCGAGUAAAGACGAUGACACAGCUUACGAUUUCAACACAUACCAAAAGAAGGUAUUGGAAUUUUGCAGCCAACGUUGGGAAGAUAUAGAAUCGAAUAUCGAGGCCCGAAAGAAGGAUCAUGGAAAGGAAGCGCAAGAAGCCUGUUUCAAGGCGUCUUGGCUUAUUAGUGUCCUGCAUGAGGGUAUUGGCGUGCCGAGAUAUGGCAUAGAGCACACACCGACUCCAGGGAUCAAUGUUACGAAAGCAAUCGGGGAGGCUGCCAAAGAGAAGGGGUUCCUACACCCGUUCCAGGCCGCUGACGAAGUUGACAACAUUGAGAUCAGCUGGACGCUAGGAAAGAUGGUACUCUAUGCAGCUGGUCAAAUUCCACCAAAAGACAACUAUCGCCUCCCCGUUGGGUUCGGAAGCAACGUGAAAGGUAUUCCUUCGGAUUUCCAAUACGCUGGAUCUAGCUUUAAUGUGUCUUCGGCAAUCGAUGAGGAGGAGGAUUGGGGCGAUACGGCGGAGGAUCUGAUAGACCAUGCGAAAUCGAAGUCGGCGUCUGGAUUCUUUUUCUUCCUGCUGGUUUUCCUGUUUCUCGCAUUUUUGCUUCGAAAGCGAGACAGACGGAUGCGGCUCUAUGGUAAAGUCAACAAGAUACUACGCCGUCGUCGACGCCCAGGCAGCCCUCGCAAACUCAGCCUCGGUCUCUCAACUAUCACUCACAAACUAUUCGGCCAUAAGCCUUAUAACUAUGAGAGGGUUCUCGAAGAAGGCGAUGCUAGUCAGUUCGAACUAGGUGAAGCCUCGUCAGAUGAAGGCGAUAACUCCGAUAGCAGUGUGGGAGGAUCAAGAGUCGGCCGAUCGUCGGGGCUGGCUACACCAAAGCUUAAUGUCGAGUCCUUUGACGACAUUAAAAAGCAUCCGCAUCCCGGAAGUGCGCUUGAUCGGUCUGGACUGGUGGUCAGGACAGAAAGUCGCGAGAGGCUGUUUCCACAAAUGCUAACAGCCGGGCGGAGAAGUCGAACGGGCAGUCCGACAAGGCUUAAGAGCCCACUAAUGAGCCCGUUGACAGAGGAUUGAUAAAGCUGUAUAUUCUAUUCUUUUUAUCCUCCUUGGGCAAUCAACUUUUGCAUUGUUUAGGCUGUACACUCCUUAUAUGGCUUACAGGUUUCGGAGCUUACCAGGAAUCGUGUUAACAUAGGAAAGGAGUUCCGGGCGGUUGGGCGGAUUUAUGUAUUAUGCCUGAGACGGGCCUCGAUUAUACGUGUUGACGAGUGGACGCAUCUUGGGUUCUUAGUAGAUACCUUCAUAGCAGCCCAGUACGUUUGUUGUUGUUGCAUACGGCGGCGGUAGUUAUCGCUAUUCAUACACAGCUAGGUAGCUAAGCUGUACGGAUGGUCAUGCGUGAUCAUGCCAUUGAUUUAUAUAUAUUGUUCAUCUCA